AUGAAUUCUAGAGAGGAAGAUCAUUUAAAUUAAGUUGAUUUAGAUCAAGCAUAUGAUAUACCAAAUCAAUAAGGAAAUUUAACAUAAAAAAUAAAUGAAAUUCAAGAUAUUGCUGCUGAAAAAUAUGAUGACAUUAAUCAUAUUAUCAAUUAUGAAAUGAGAGUAAUGUAAGAAAAACUAGGAUUUAGAGGAGAAAGACCUUAAAUUUAUUAAUAAACAGCUCUAUUUGUAGCUGUAAUUUAGUUAAUAAUAGCAACAUUUUUAUCAAUGUUAAUUUCAUAAACAACGUUUUUAGGUCAAGCUUGGACAUUUAUACCUUGGAUCUAAUAUCUAUUCAUUUUAAUCUAUUUAUUUACAAUUUUUAGUAUUCAAUGUUUCUCUGAAAAGAUAUAAGAGGUAAUACAUUCAAAUUCAAAUGAUAGACAAGAUAUAAUUUUGGAAUAUGUUGUAUUCAUGCAGUCUCAAAAAUUGUUUUAAUUGUUUUUAUAUCAAUAUGGUUGUUUGAUAUUAGAGUGGAAAUAUUUUUAGUAGCAUUAGUUGCAAUUUAAGGUUAUAUCACUCUUAAAAUAUAUAUUCCUACUCAAAAGAAUGAAGAGUUUGAUUUAAAAGUGAAGAAUUUAUGGAAAAAGAUGACUAUUUUUUAGCUUUGUGUUUCAAUAUUCUUAGUAUCAAUUCCUCUUAUUCAAGAUGUAUUUUACAAGAUCAACAUAUAUAGUUGGACUAUUAGUCUUUGUUUCAACUCUUUUGAUAGGAAUUUAUACUAUAUUGUGUUUAUAAAGAUUUAAAGAAUACUCAUAUUUUUCAUUUAAUUCCAAUGAUCUAUAUUUAGGGGCUUUAUAAUUAGAAGCAGAUAUGUUUUUACCUUGUUUAUUGAUUGCAUUUUAAUAACGAAAUAUAACUUAAAGUCCUUCUCAAAAUUCAACAAUUAAUAAAAGUGAAAAAGAGAAAGACAAUAAGAGAUAAGAUUCAGAAUAAAGAAUAGCAGUACAAUCUAUAAAGAGUAUUGCUGAUUGA